AUGUAUAAGACCAUCAAUAAGGUGUUUCACAACCAUGGUGGCAAGAAGAAAACGAGAGGAGAGGCUUCGGACAGCAUCAAUCGCAGCCACAGCUCCGAGAAAUCUCAGAAUGCCGUUCCCUACGCCGGAACGCCAAUCCCACAACACGUGGCCGUGGCGGCGGCGCAGGACCUGCGCCCAGAUUCGCCGCUGCGCUUGGGCUCACCGUCGAUUGCGGCGAUUGGUGAGGCCACGCUUAAGAAAAUCGUGAAGCGUGCGUUUUACGGCGAGGGAUCAGGCGCGCCGGCGGGAAGGUUGAAGGAGGUCCCGACGGAGAUGCUGGCGUUCGAAAUCGGCAGCAUCAUGCGGCGCAUGCUCGAAAUAUACGACUCCAUGGCGGAGAAGAUGCUCUCGUCGCUGCGCUCCAACCUCCAGGUGACCCAUUGCUGCUCCCCUCUGCCAAUUUUCCGCCUCCUCUUUCUCGCCGUGCUCUCUUCCCACAUCGCCCCACAAGUGCCGCUGACUGUACCUCCUCGCUCCCUACUCGUUGCUCCGGGAGUGGUCACGCUCAUUUCCAAUGACCUUCGGGUGCUCUGGGGCCUCGCAGGGUACGAGAAGCACGAGGAGCUGCGCGUGGUGGCGGCGCGCGUGGCGGUGCUGGGGCGCAAGGGCGCGGACGUGCGGCUGCGGCGGCUGGAGCGCGUGUUGGCGCACCUGGACUCGCCGGACGCCAACUACAAGGACUUCGCCGUCUCCUCCGCCGAGGGCGAGGUGCUCCUCAGGUUCAUGCGGGAGCAGGCGGAGGCGACCAACACGCUCAAGGCGGAGAUGGAAGCCAUUCAGCUGCUGCACUCCCGCAUACAGGAGUACGGGGAGUGGAACUCGCUGCAGGAGAUGGUGACGCAGGGCAAGCUGGUGGAGAAGCUGCAGGGCCACUGCCUCUGGGCCUACAACCUCGACUACCUCGUGCAGGUAAGCCCUCCCCCUCGUGCAGCCCUCCCCCUCGUGCACGUGCGCCCUCCACCUCGUGCACGUAUAUUCCCACCUCCAUCGUCUCGCGCUCCUGCCUUGUCACCUGCCUCUGAACGUGCCCACCCCUUCCCCCCGUCCCCCCCCGCCCGCGCGCGCGCGCAGCUGCUGGUGGUGGCGGCGUGCUACGUGCGCAAGAAGAUCUUCGCGUCGUUCGGCCACGGCAUGUGCCCCGCGCGCAUCCGCGACGCGUCGCUGGGGUCGGCGGGGUUGGCGCUGCACUACGCGAACGUGGUGGUGCUGCUGGAGCGCAUCAUCCAGCAGCCCGACGCCGUGCUGGGCCCCACGCGCGACGAGCUCUACGACAUGCUGCCGCGCUCCAUCCAGUACCUGCUGCGCGUGCAGCUGCAGGACCCGCUCAACUUCACCGCGGAUGGCCGCGUGGAGGCGAACCUGAAGCGCGGGCUGCUGCUGCUGCCCACCAUGGCGCACAACACCAUUCACUGGCACUCGCUGCACACGCCGGGCGCGGCUCUUGACUUUGGCGAAAUGGUCUUCCAAGUGCAGGUCAGUGCCGCGCACUGGCCACUGCUCGCGCCGUUCUGCAUGCGUGCGCUUGUUUACGCAUGCACACACUCACUAUCUCCUUCCGCGCAUCUCAACUCAACCCCAUGCCUUCCUCCCCCCCCCCCCCUUCCCCCGGCCGUGGUUUGGCAGACGUUUUACUACGCGAACGUGGCGGCGGUGAACGCGACGCUGGUGGACGUGCUGCUGGGGCUGUGCCGCAUCUGCGGCGUCGAGGCGCCCAUCGGCAGCAUCUCCCUGCACGCGCCCGCCACCGCCGACUACUCGCUCGCGCUCGCGCGCAGCCAGGAGGAGGACGAGCGCGGCUUCCGCCGGCAGUGGGGCAUGGAGGCGCGCGAGGAGGACUGGUUCGGCGGGCAGGUCUUCAAGGUCGCGGACGAGCGCCGCGCGCCGCGCAGGGACGCUGCGCAGGGGGGCGCGCAGCAGGGCGCGCACGCUGGGGGGUUCGCGGAGGGCGGGGGAUACGGGGGAGGCGGGUACGGUGGUGGGAGCGAUGGGCAGUUUAGCGGGGACGGGUACGGCGAGCAGGGAGGGCAGUGGCAGGUGCAGGGCGGGGGGAUGGACGGCAGGGGGGACGGACGAGCAGCAGCGGCGGCAGGGAGCAUGGGAGGAGGGGCGUUUGCGCGGGUGCGGGUGGGGCAGGAGGAGGGGCGGGGGGCGUCGAUGGAUCGGCGCAGCGGCAGCUGGGUGUCGGACGCGUCCACCGACGACAACACCACCUUUGGCGCCUCCUCGCCCUCCCUCUCCCUCUCCGAGGCCGGCAGCGCCUCCAGCGCCAAGCCCACGCGCGGCCGCUCCUCCCGCCUGUCGCGCGACCCGUCGCUGUCCACGGACGGCCCCUCCACGCCCUCCAGCCUCGCCUCUGACCGCGACGGCUAUGCUGCUGAGGCCCCCGGCGCAGGGGAUGGAGGGGCAGGGGGCAGGGGUGGGCAGGGCGCAGCAGCUCCGCCGGCUGGUAGGAAAGCGAGCCGCACGUCGAGCCGCAAAGGCAGCAGCGGCAGCAAUAACAGCUCCGACCGCCCCUCCACUCCGCCCAUGUUCUCCUCCCCCUUGCGCUCCCCCUCCGCGGAUCUCCCCCCCACCACCCCCCAACACCACUCCCGGACACCCCAACGCUCGCCCAGACAAGGGACAGGAGGAGAUGGAGACGUGGGAGGGGGAGGUGGAGGGGAGGGGGGGCCGGGUUGGGGUGGGCACAGCGAGGGGCGCAAAAGUCGGAGCAAGAAGGGAGCAAGAGGGAGCAGCAGCAGCAGUGGCGGCGGGGCAGAGGGUGGUUUCUUCAGCAGCAGCGGCAGCUUCAAGGACCACGGCUCAUCGCCAAUGCGCCCCUCGAACCUGUCGGUGCCGGCGUCCGUGUCAUCAUCGCCCUCACCCUCGUCCGUGCCGCGGCAGGUGAGCGCCGACGCGCUGUCGGUGGGGUCUAACGACAGCGACGGCCGCUGGUCCUCCUCGCUCUCACGCCGCUCCUCGCGCUGGGCCGGCGUCGUGGGCUUCGGCAAGUCCAAGUCGUCCCGCCUGCCCGAGGGGGCGCCGCCCAUGCCACCACCGCCCACGGUGGUUGGGGGGGUGCAGGAGAGCGUGGCGGGCAGCAGCGUGGAGGAGGGGGGGGCGCUGGCAGGGGAGAAUCCGUACGACGACCCGGCGUUUGCAGGGCUGGACACGCCGACGCUGCGCAAGGCGAUGCAGAGCGGCGGGCUGGUGGGGUGCUUCACGGGGGGCUCGAGCGUGGCGGACUCGGACUCGGAGGCGGAGAGCCUGUCGUCCGUCGGCAGCCACUCCUCCCGCCCCGCCUCCACCUCCUCGCGCUCGCGCCGCAGCAGCAGAGCACCCGAGGGACCGAGCGACGGAGGGCAGGGGCAGGCAGGGCGCGGGCGAGUGAGGCGGUCCACGAGCAGAAGCAAGGGAGGCAGUGCGGUGGGGGCGGGGACAGGCGAGGGCAGAGGUGCGGGUGGGAGUGCAGCAGUCAUGCAGCCGCGCACUCGGCACUACUACUCGCAGCCACUGCCACCACGCGACCAGUGGAAGGAAGCAGCAAGAGAUGAAGCACAGGAAUAUUUUCGUGAUUUGAAGGCAUGCGUCAACGCUGCUGCCAAGUCGUACUCUUUGAAAAGGAUGGCAGAGGCCAGGCUUGAAGAAGAGAGGAAACUGAGGCAACGUGCAGAAGUCAACGUAUCGGAGCUGGAGGCAGAAGUUGCACGGCUGAAGGAGGACAAGGAGCAGCUUCGCACCCAGCUGCUGCUGCUGCAGUCCCACGCACACGCGGUAACACAAGCUGAACAGCAGCGCAGGGCAUUGGUGGAUCACUUCUUUACUCUAUUCAACUCAAUGGCGCACACUGAA